GAGGGAAUGGGGUUUGUACCAGUCGCUGCAUUUCUCCUCGUAGCCCCGGCGCCGCCUCCCCUCGCCGGGCCGCCCAGCCCAUCAGGCCGCGCAGUGUGAGCGCGGGGGCCCGGCGGCCACACCUCGCCCAGGACUUGGAGGGGAGGGUGCGGUGGGGCCACAGCUAGGGGACUCCGCGAGCCGAGCGGCCCAUGAGUGUCCGGGGCACAAAAGCUCCCACUGCCGCCGGGCCCCGGCCGGGACGGAGCUCCCUGCGUGUCCCCCGGGGGCCGCUGCGCGAGAAGCGGCCGGGAGGCGGCGCCGAGCUCGGCCGCUCGGCCCCACAUCUCCACGCACCCGGCGGCGGCGGCGGCGGCGCGAGCUCGGGCGCCGGUGCAGCCUCGAAGCCCAUGGCAAGGGGCGAUACGAACGCGGAGGGACUGGCCUGGCGUGGCGGCACGGCGCAGCGUCCUGAAACCCCCGGCGGACGGGGAAACGAGGCGGCCGCGGACAGUCCCGGGCCGCUGUCCACUGCUGAAGCGCCCGCCGAGGGCGCCGUGCUGCCAGUUUGGAUGCGUCUCUACUUCUACGGGAUGCACGGGAUAACUCUGGACGUGCUCGUGUCUUCGGCGCGACGCUUUGCGCACAGUCCGGACCUCCGAAUGCUGGGCUUCUCCUCGCCCUACCGCUGCCUGCUGCACUCGCUCACCCACUUCGCCCUGGAGAAGGUCUACCUGCAGCACCGGCGCUGCUCCAGCACCUUCCUCUUCAAUUUCCUCCUCUACCCCUCGGCCCACGUGGGGUUGCAGACCCUGGCGGGCCAGGCGCUGCUGCUCAGCCUGGGUGGCGGUCCGGGUGGCGCGGCGGCGCCGGGGGCGCUGGACCUGGCGCUGCAGUACAUGCUGGCGCUCUACCACUGCCAAGUGUUCCUGAGGCGCUUCCUGCGCUUGCGGUACCAGCGGAGGCAGCGGCAGCACCAGCGGCUGGGCGCGCCCCCAGCCCCUCCUGGCGCUCGGGUCUUUCCUGCGGCCGGCGGCCAGCGGCGAAGACCCCGUGCCCUCAGGGGCGCAGGGGGAGCCCCCAGCGAGGGACUGCCGAACCUGCUCCGCUUUCUCUUCUUCGGAAUGCACGGCUUUCUGGACGAGAUCUUCUUCACCUUCUUCUUUAACGUGUUGGGGCAGGGGGACGGGGCAGCCACCGGCCACACGUCGCUCUGGUCCUUCUUUAUGUAUGGCAGCUGCAGCUUCGUGGUGGAAAAGCUCUACUUCCAUCUACACUACAGCUGGGGCUGGGGCACCUGGAAGCGGGUGCCCAUCUACGUGCUCUUCAUCUACGCGUGGGAGCUGUCGUGGGGUCUUGGACUCCGAACAUGCGGGGCUUGUUCCUGGGACUAUUCUCACUACCCGCUCAAUUUCAUGGGCCUCGUUACCCUGAUGUACUUACCUGGUUGGAUAUUCCUUAGUGUUUACCAGGACCUACUUUCCAACGUGUUGUGGAGGGUGCAGUACAUACCAACUGCCUAACAACAAACCCACCAAACAAAAAACAGUCACUGGAUUCCCACGAAUGAAUGCGAUUUAUUUUUACACAUUUAAAACUGAGUGGGCUUUUUAGUCUUUUAAUUUUAUACUCUUUGCUAAACUCUUCCAACAUGUUUUAUUCGACCUUUUAGUUUUUCUCUUUGGAACCUAAGCAUAAUACAAUCUUACUCGAUAUAUAACUCAAACUACUUAACUCGUCAAUGUUUUAAAGCCCUUACAAACGGAAACAGCAAAACCAUUCUACCUUAACAUCGGAAAGCUCUGGUAUUCAUUUAUUUGGGCAUAGACAGGGGAUAACUACUAACCUAUAUUUAGUGAAGAAGUUCUUCAAAUCAGAAACCAGUGAUUUUUUUUACCAGAUUUGGUCAAAUUUUCUAAUUUAAUUGUUUAUUUUAAUCUGGUUUCAUUUUAAUUCUUUGCCAUAUUUACCAUGACUGCUGAAAUUCAGUAUCUUGUACUCCUGAAACUACAGUUAAUAGUUCUUAAAGUGCCUCUGUCUAGCACACAAGUGAAAAGAAGCUGACAAAUGUGAAAACACAUCCUAUGAAUAGAUUUUUAAAUAAGAAAUCUUUUCUAACAACUCAAAGAGAUGCCACUGUCAUCCUAGAAAUGAUUGCUUUCCAAUGUUCUUUAGCCUCAGACACUGGUGUGUGAAAGUUCAUCAGAUCUUGUUUUACCUAUGGCUGUAAAUUUUUGUUACUGUGCAAUAAUGUAAAUGUUUACCUUACAUGUCCAGGAGCUAAGAGAAAUUAUAUCACCUUCAGUAGUGUUCUAACCCUAAGGACCGUUUUCUACAUGGAGCUUCAAGAGUAGAAGCAGUACCCUGGAAUAAAAUGAACCUGAAUGUUCACCCUAAUUGCAUUCAGCCUGACUGUUUUCUGUGAAUACAGAAGUGUGUUCUCAGGAUAUUUCUUCCAUAGCUUAUUUGUAAACAUUUGUCUUUCUCCUUCUCGGUUCACACAGUGUUCUUGUGUCAGGCCUGAUGUGGUAAUGCACAUUAUAAAUCACUGUUGGCUUUUUGGUGACUAAUUAUUAAUGUCUGGAAGCUCCAGAGGUAAAUGAGAUAAUGUAAACCCUUUUAAGAAAUCAGGUCUAAUUAAUUAAUAAUGUAGUUUGAGGUUGUUUGCUGUUAUAUUUAGAAAAGACAAGUAGAGUUGAGUACGGCUCAGCAAAGAAUGAGUAAUACUUUCUCAAUUUUCAUUAAAAAGAUAAUUAGGAAAACUUAGAGUGUGUAUAAACAAAUAGUUUCCUAUUCAAAUCACCAACUUGCCUAUGCUGUAAAAAGGGAUUUUUUUUUCUAUAUUCAGAAAAUGUUUGCCAGGAGAAUAGAAAUGAAUCAUAUUAAGAAUUAAGUCUAACAUUGUUCUAAAAGUGUUACAUUAUUUUAAUUUAAACCUGAGAUUGUGAGCUAAAUUAUAAAUAAUGCUAUAUAAUCAGUACCACCUGUGAAAUGCAGCAUAGCAACUGAUUAUCUUAGCCAGUCAAAGCAGAGUAGAAACUUUUAAAAGUAAGCUAAAUGUUUGCAGAGAAUUCUGUUUAAGAAUAGUUCAUGGACACUUGGUCACAGGUAAAAGAUCUCUGAAAACCCUGGGUCAAAAAAUGCAUAAGUAUUGACAGUAAAUUUAGGCAGAUGUUGUACAAAAUAUUUGUAACUCAAAUAUGACACCUGCACGUGAAUGUGAGUUAAAGGCAGCACCAUUUAACACCACACAUUCCUGUGACUACUUAACCAAAUCCAUGACUUCUGAAAUACUUAUUAAAUGUACAAAUUUUCACUUAGGUCCUUCAUAUGCUGCUCCUCAGUCCUGCUUACCUGUUUACCAGUAUUCUCAAGGUCAGAAACCUGUCAGGAAGUAGGAAAGCAUGAUAUUCUUGUUUUCUUUUGUUUUUAUUGCUAAUCCUGUUUAAGGGAAAGGUCAUAGCUUUUUUUAUUCCUUCAAUACAUUCAAGAAAUAGUUAUUGAAAAUCCCUUUUCCAGGUACUUUGCUUGGACUCUUGGGACACAGUAAUAACCAGGUAGAAUCUCUGGCCUUGUGAAGCUCACAUUCUAGUGAUUUGAUUUAGAUGAGAUUAGGCUUAUGAGAGGCGGUUGCUAAAACUAUGAGGGCACUUGUCUGGCCUCUUCCUGUAAUAGCCUUCCAUCAUCUCUAAAACAAAAGCCCAUUAACAAGUCUCUUUGCUAGUUCUACAAAGAACUAGCUUUUAUGUAUUCAGGAAAUACUUACCCUGUUUGUUAGCUCAAUACUUUGCUUUAGGGCUUCUCAUCCUGUGUUUACUCAACUUUUUAAAAAAUGACAUUUGCUGCAACUUUGAACCUUUAAAGAAAAAUCAGGAAAAUGAAGGAACCAUCUAAUAUUUGUAUUUUGUUACACAUUAGUAGUUCAGAUAUAGGAAUGAUAUAGUGUGAUAGAAUGGUUAAUAUUUAAGUGGCUCUUGCCACAUGCCAGGAACUGCUCUAAAGAUAAUAGAGAUAGAGAUAGAGAUAGAGAUAGAGAUAGAGAUAGAGAUAGAGAUGAGAGAACUUGAAGCCCAGAUAGGUUAAGAACUGCCCAAAGUCACACAGCUAUGGAGCAUUUAUGUUUGAAACCAUAUACAUUGGACCCUAGAGUCUGUUCUUAACAUCAACACUGUCAUGCCUCAGUCUACCGAACACAGGGAUUUUGGAUGGUCUGUGGAUUUCAUCUAUCUGUGUUGCUCUUCCCUUCCAUUAUUAAAGGUAAAAGAGUAGCUGUAUAAAAGCUAGGCACUAGCAGCAAAAAUACUCUUUCAUGUUGCCUUUUUAUUUCAUGGUAAAUAUCAAGGGAGCUUACCAGGAUGCAUAACUGACAAUCAGCCUAGUUGUAAUUCCUCAGAUGAUAUGCCUUUAUAUUCAAGUGCUGCACUGAAAUGAAGUUCCUCAUUUGGAGUCAGAUUAUCUUGAGUAUAACAUGCCAAAAUGCAAGAUAUUUCAUAUCCCAAACUAGAAAAAUGCAUAUAAUUAUUGCUAUAGAGUUAACAUAGUACUCAGGAUGAGUGUUACUCUAAGAGCUAAAUGGCCAAAAAAAAUUUUAAUUUUUACAAAAAAAUUUCAUUCUGACUGCUAAUAAAUGCCUCUCAGAGUCCAGGAAAUGAAAUUCUUAAUAGAAAAACAGUAAGAAGUGUAGUUUUUCUCCAUGUUUUAUUUAUACAAAGCUGAAAUCUCUUUUUAGUUCAACUUUUAAAUCGAUUGUAUGUGGGCCCUGAAUCUAAAAAGAAAUAAGACCUUUUAAGUUUUUCUUGCAACAAGUGUAUCUGUACCUGGGCUCCCAUAAGUCCACCGUGUAACAUACAUGGACUUCCAUUAGUUUGAUAUCCGUUUCAACAUUUCAGGCAUUUCUAUGACUCAGUACUUAACUUUGAGUAUUUUAUUAUAAAUAUUUGACAUCUCAUGUUUCAACUCAACAAAAUGCAGCUUAGAAAAAUAUGAUCUGUCUUUUGUUGUUUAAGGAACAUCUUUAAUUGGACAACCCUACCACUUUGAAAAAAAGAAUUUCUACUCUUUUGAAAUAGUCUUAUAAGCAUGAUUGACCUGGUUCUGUUUAAGAAGAUGAUGAUGAAGAGACUGCUUUCUUUUUCCACUUCCAAAAUACAUAAAAAAAAUCAAUAUACUUGGAAAGGAAGUUAUAGCCAUGAUAUAGACAUGAACUGAUGAAUAAGUCAUUGUAUUGUAAUAUCU